GAUUCAGCUCCAACUGUCUGGAACAGUUAUGGGAGGAAAGUGACAUUACUCACUCACUGAAAGGUAAUCUGUUUCUCCAUGCAGCUGUCGUGAUCAAAGGACUCACACUCCCAUGUCUGCCAUGCUCAACAACCCACACGGAGGAGAUGGCACGCUGACGCGUAUGGAUACACCGCACAGGGGAAGUCAUGUUUGUUUUACUCAGGAAAAUAAGGCGUGUAAGUCAAACAGCUGCCUCCGUCCUACAAAGAGCAGAUUUCUGCACCGAUUCAGAAAUCCGCUCACUGACUAGAGAAGACCUGCAUGAGCUGUUUCCUGGAGCAGAGAAUCUUAAACUUAGGAGGACAAUCUUCAGGAUAAUACACAAACAAAAACCACUCAACCUUCUUCUGAGGGAACUCAAAUGUUUAAUUUCACACAAUUCUCUAAAUGCUGUACCAUCUAAAAACGGGGUCUUGACCGACUACCUCCAUGUCCUGAGGAAUCUGCAGACUCAGCUAAACCACGUUCAGAGUUUUCUGGAAGCUCACAUCGGUCUGCUGGAGGACAUCAGCAAAACUCAUGUGGACCAGGAACCUGAACAAGGGGAUUUGCCAGAAUCAAGCAGCUCCGCCGCCUGCACCCAGCCGGGCCUCCACCCCAGCCAAGCUGAUGUCCACCCGGAUCAAUUGACGUACCAGAUGAUUGUCAGUGGCAGAACCUGGGACGCCCACCUUCAGCUGAUGGCCAAGGUCCAGGCUCACCUCCAGGAUCAUGUUCAGCUCAUUUCCUGCAGCCAGAACGGCCAGAUCGUCUUUGUUUUCUGCCACGUCGGCUCACAUGGCAGGGCGGAUGUUGAUGCUGCCAUGACUGAUAUAAGCGAUGAUGUACCUGUCAUUCUAGUGCAGAUGCACCACGUACAGGAGCUCAAUCAACCUACUCCAAUGACAACAUGGUGUUUUCACUCCAACAUUGUUCUGCAAAUCAACGUCUUUGUCCACAAGGAGGCUCACGGGUUGCUAAGAUGUCCAGAAAACUCAGCUGCUGUCUCUCAGAUACUAAAGAAAUUACUGGAGUUCAGUAAAUCAACAAGUGCACAGAGGAGGACUGCUGCUGAGGAGGAGAGAGGCUCUUAUUUUGAAAGUGGUGGCAGUGAUUUGGAUUUUAAGCUGUUUGGUGGUAGUGGAUGCAGCAGCAGCAGCAGUAGUAGUAGUAGUAGCAGUGACAGUGAAACUAAAAGUAUUUGGGAGAGUGGUCCAUAGAACGGCUGACUGUGCAGAUUUAAUUCCUAAAAGGACCAGUGAGCUUUAAAUUAAUUUAAUUACUUUAGUGCUUUUAUUUUAACUUCUGUCUUUUAAAUGCAUUUUUUAAAAUAAUUUGGUUUGUAAAAGAGGUAACUGUAGAAUUACUUGUACUUGUGUGGGUUGUGGACAUGUAUACAUUAGAUUUAACAAACCUUUAAUGAUGGAUUAAGUCAUGUGACAGCUUUGAAUAUUUAAAUAUUUUAUCAAACCAAAGAACUUCACUUGUUUCUGUGAACUGCAUGUAUUUAAAUUUAUAUUCAGUCUCUAACUUUAAUAAUUUAUUAUGUAUUUCAUAAAGUCAUAUUUGAAUUUAGUUAAAUUAGAUAAUGUGUUUUGCAUUUGUAAAUCUUUAUUCAUAAUAGCUUUGUUGACAAGGUAGGAAGCCUUAGGCUCCUCCCACAGGGGUGUUGUCCUGACUGAGAAUUCACUUUCACUUUCUCUUAACUGAAAACG